AUGUCCAUAGAACCAUUUAUAGGCACUAAAAUAUCACUAAUAUCCAAAGUUGGGAUAAGAUAUGAAGGCUCACUGCAUAGCCUCAAUACGGAUGAUUCAACUAUUGUUUUAAAUGAUGUGCGCUGUAUGGGAACAGAAGGCAGAUCGAAGGGGCACGAGGUGCCCCCGUCGUCCAAAGUGCACGAUUUCGUAGUCUUUCGCGGCGAGGACGUAAGUGACAUUGUAGUCAACGACUCGAAGCCUCAGAGUGAGGAGCCAGCGUACGAAGAUCCUGCGAUAUUUAAAACGUAUAAGCGCGACGAAUUCCAGACCACAGCAUCAACACUGUCUAACGACCACCCAAAAAAACAAACGGUACAGCCAGAUGCGGGAAUCGCAAACAUACACAAGGAACGCCAAGCCUACCACGAGAGGCAUCAAAGACCGAGUAGGCAUUUUGAAAAGGAUUUCAACAAAGAAAAGGUAGCUGAAAAGAAUUUGGAAACAUUUCAAUUUGAUACGGUGGAAAGUAAGCCAUCUGAUAAUUACACGUUCACGAAGAAAGAAGGAUUUAAAAAGAACGACCUAAUGGGAGAACUCCACAAGUCAGAAGAAGAGGAACUAGGUAAUAAUGCGAAGGAGGAGCAGAAAGUAUUCUACGAUAAAAAGUCAUUUUAUGACAAUCUGUCACACGAGAAAAAGCUCUCGAAGAACGACCUGAGGGAAGAAAACCUGAAACAGAGAGAAAUAGAUAUUGCAACCUUCGGAAAGAUGUCGAUCAGCAACUGGCACCACCGAAACAACUCAUACAGAGGAAGAAGGUUCAACAACGCAAAUAGAUUUAAAGUUAAGGCGGGCUGGGAAAGAAGCAACUACGGAAACCAAACAAAUAACGAAAAAAGUAAAUUUAAUAGUGAACAUAAGACGGAUUAA